GACAUGUAAUUUACAAUGAAGAAGCAUUUAACAGUGAUUCUCUAGGAAUCUUGUGAUUUUACUAUUAUUUGUCGGCUUAUAAGUUAAUUACAUUGAUCACAUCCAAAUCACCAAUUGUAUCAAGUUUUAGUGCCGUAUUUCGUAAUUCUUUUAGUGUCAUUUGAUAGCCCUCAUCUCAUCCCGCCCACCGAAAGAAAAAAUAGUAGCCCCGCCAUUCAUCAAAUCAGCCAGCCUUACCAAACCUACAUGAUAUAAAACCAAACGAACAAUCUCGAAAAGACAAUACAACGAGAAAUAAACCCAUUGAUUUCACGACAAGUUCAAAUAAUCGCACUUGAGAGAAUAUCCGUGCAGGAACAAUCACAACAAAAUGGAGAAAAUUACAGAAAAGAUCGCGGCAUUGCCUCCGGACACCAAUUACUUCUCCCUCGAAUUCUUUCCGCCCAAGACCUCAAUGGGUUCUUCAAAUCUACGUGCUCGUCUUGACAGAAUGUCUAGAGCAUUGAGACCUUUAUUUGUUACUGUUACAUGGGGAGCCGGUGGAUCUACCGCGACCAAGUCUUUGGAACUCGCAGAGUUAUGUCAAAGGGAUUUGGGCCUCACAACGUGUCUACAUUUGACCUGCACAAACAUGAGUCGAGCAUUGGUGGAUCAAGCAUUGGAAGAUGCAAAGGCAUUGGGAAUUAGAAAUAUAUUGGCUUUGAGAGGCGAUCCACCUAGGAGCGAGGAAUAUCGUGCCUUGGACGAGAAGAAUGGUGAUACCCCUGCCAUGGAUUGGGAGUUUGAGUGGGCAAUCGAUUUGGUACGAUAUAUUAGAAAACAAUACGGCGAUUACUUUUGUGUCGGAGUUGCGGCAUACCCAGAAGGACAUGCGGAUGAAGGACAUCCUGAGGGUCAGAGCCUUGAACAUGAUCUGCCAUACUUGGUGGAGAAGGUUCAAGCGGGCGCGGAUUUUAUCAUGACACAAUUAUUCUUCGAUGUCGACGCAUACGAUGGAUUUGAACAAAAGCUACGAGAUCAUCCAAGUGGCGCAUUCAAGGAUAUCCCUAUCAUCCCUGGUAUGAUGCCAAUUCAAAGUUAUCAAAUGAUCAAGCGAACUACGAAACUUAGCCACGCGAAACUACCUUCAACUAUUAUAACAAGAUUGGAUGCGGUCCGAGGAGACGAUGAGAUGGUUAAAAAGGUAGGAGUGGAUAUUUUGAGCGAAAUGGUCGAACAUUUGAAGAGCACAAAAUCUCAGUACUCGGGUCCUAGGGGUUUCCAUUUCUACACCCUCAAUUUGGAGAAGGCGGUAUCUUUCAUUUUGGAACGAACAGAACUCAUUCCAGACGCUGAAACUGUCGCCGCUUUGGAACCAGAAUAUGUUCCUACUAUUCCUGACAUCGCAGAUUUAUUGUCUAUCCAUAGUGGAUCUCACAAACGUAGCUCCAGACGUCGAUCAUCUGUUGGAUCUGAUCCUUACAAUCGCAUUAUAAUUACUGCACCUCAAACCUCCAACCCUAGCUUUGAAGCUACAGCCCAAGAAGCUGGUAUUCCAGCUGAAGCUGUCAACUCUCGAGCCAACACUCUUGCAAUUAGUGAAGGAGAAGGUAGUCUUGGUCGAGAGGCCACAUGGGAUGACUUUCCCAACGGUCGUUGGGGUGAUGCUCGUUCUCCUGCUUAUGGAGAGAUCGAUGGAUACGGUGUUUCACUCCACAUGUCGAUUAAUCAAGCUAUCAAACUUUGGGGCCAUCCAAGUUCCAGAGCUGAUAUCACUGACAUCUUCAUUCGUCAUUUAGAAGGUCAACUCACCGCCAUUCCUUGGAGUGAGGAAGGCCUCAAUGAAGAAACCAACUCUAUCAAAAAGCAACUCCUCAGUCUCAAUAAGAAAGGUUGGUGGACUGUAGCUUCCCAACCUGCAGUCAACGGACUCAAAUCCUCAGACUCAAUUUUUGGAUGGGGACCCAAGAAUGGUUUCGUAUUCCAAAAAGCAUUCGUAGAACUCUUCAUUCCAGUAGCCGAUUGGAAAACCUUACACGCUAAACUCACAUCCCCUGAUCUCUGUGACACAGUCUCUUUCUACGCCUCAAAUGCCAAAGGAGAUUUCAUUUCCAGUGAUGAAGCGGUCGGAAGCACAAAUGCAGUUACAUGGGGUGCAUUCCCUGGAAAAGAAAUCAUUACACCGACGAUUAUUGAGGAGGUCAGUUUCAGGGCAUGGGCGGAAGAAGCAUUUGGAAUUUGGGGAGAGUGGGCCAGAGUUUAUGGAAAGGACAGUCAAACGAGGAAGAUUAUUGACGGAAUUAAGGAGGAUGUUUGGUUGGUUAAUGUCAUUCAUCAUGCUUAUGUGGAGGGAGAGGGAUUGUGGGAUGUCCUUUUGAGUUAGGGAGCAUCGUAGCUAGAGAUGGGAAAUCGGAUCAGGAAGGAUAUUGAAUGCGAUGGCUGCUUUGGAUGGAUGCAUCUUAUGGAUUUGAAUAAAUUAGUUGGCUGCAUACAUGAUAGGUGGGAGGGAUUAGUUAAAGGUGUUGGGCGUAUAGGAGAAUCAUCAGAUUGAAUUCAACUUUGUUUUUGAUUAACUAUAUGAAUUCAAAAGGAUUGAAUGCCUCUGGGUUGUUGCUGGGGGAUUCUGAAUGUAUCUUGAUUGCUUCAAUAUUGUGUAUAAACUUUGAAUUUGUGUGGCAACUA